UCAAGUUUGGCUGGCCAGAUUUUAUCACUCACCUUAAAGUUCUUACUACACGUACCAUAAUAUUCUUCUACAAUUUUUCUCGCAAGCUUGACAGUUGCCUACAGAAAUGGAACUGUCUUUGAUGGCAGUCAAGUCAAAAUUAUAAUGAAGUUUGAACAAAAUUAGAAAGCGUGAAAUAGUGUACCGAUAAUGUAAAUAUAAUACUAAAUUUUUCGUUCAAAGUACUUCACGAUGAAGUCAUCUCGCAUGAAACCAUUGUUUACAAGAGCCCGCGUAACAUUGAAAAAGCUUCUCACAGGAGAUGAUAAAGAUGACGCUAAAGAGUUGUCAACAUUAAUACAGCGAAGGCAGGCGAGCGAUGCUGUCGCUGUAGUAGGACAGGAAAAAUGCAUGAUGGACGCGUGCAGCAUUGGACCCUGCUGCCAGGAACCGCGCGUGGUCAUCGUCGGCGCCGGCAUGGCGGGUCUCUCCGCGGCAUACAGGCUCAACCAAUGCGGAAUUCGCAAUUUUGUAGUUCUCGAGGCGAAAGAAAGACCCGGAGGAAGAAUCCAUUCCUGUUGGCUUGGAGACUCUGUCAUAGAAAUGGGCGCGGAGUGGAUCUAUGGCGCUUGUCUUCCCAAUUCAGUGUAUACUCUCGCAUCACAAGACAGGCUUCUACAAAUGCCAUUACCUCGCUUAGAUCCGUCACGUGGUCUGUUCUGCACUAGCGAGGGACGUGCAGUGGAUUUACCCGUAACAAUAACAGCUUACCAUACUUUUCGCCAAAUAGAACAGCAAGCAGCAAAUCUUUUUAGACUAGGCGGAGACUGUUGUCAUGGAACUUUAAUUAACUUUAUUGGUUUGCGCAUACAACAAGAAUUGCACAACUUUCCAGAAGACCAGAGGUACGAUGCAUCCCGAGUGAUGUUUGGUUUGAGCAAUAUCUUACGAAAUAGAUGUGGUGAUGAUUUGUCCCUUGUUAGUGCUGAUCAAUACGGUAGUUACAUUGAAUUACCAGGAGGGAGCGUUCGAGUUCCGUUAGGAUACGUAGGUGUGAUGGCUCCGCUACUUCGAGGCUUACCAGAUAAUAGCAUACGCUAUAAUAAAGCUGUAAGUGUGAUCCGAUGGGGUGAAGGCGCUACUGGUCCUGGCAGAACAUUGGUCAAGUGCUGUGAUGGCGAAGAAAUAUCAGCAGAUUAUGUAAUAGUUACAAUGUCCUUGGGUUGCCUUAAAUGCCAGGCAGAUAAAUUGUUUGCGCCGCCUCUUCCCAGUUGUAAAUUGGAUGCAAUUUGCAAUUUAGGUUAUGGGCUUUCGGAUAAAGUGUUUCUCGAAUAUGCGGAGCCAUUCUGGGUGUGUCACGAAGGUAAUUUAAAACUAGCUUGGUCUGCCGAGGAGUUGCAAUGCCGAUGUGAUUGGACUCGCGGUGUGUGUGCUGUAGACGAAUUGCCUGGUAGUAAGCAUGUUUUGUGCGCUUGGGUCUCGGGGCAAGAGGCCGCCGCGAUGGAAUCUAUGGUAGACAACGACGUGGCAGAAGGAAUAACAUUAUUACUGCGACGCUUCACUGGCAAUCCAUGUUUACCUUACCCCCAAAUGAUGCUACGAUCAAGAUGGGCUUCAGAUCCUCACUUUUGCGGGGCUUACUCGUACAUGAGCUGUUGUUCCACUGUGAGCCACCAAUGCGAGCUGGGCACGCCUGUGCCUGGAUCGUGUGAUCCUGUGGCGCCAAAGCUGCUGUUUGCCGGCGAAGCAACAGUCCCUGGAUUUUUCGCUACUGUACACGGUGCAAGAUUAAGUGGAAUCCGUGAGGCCGAACGUGUCGUACUUCUUACCAAAAAGUUCGAAGGACCGCCUCGAUGACGCGUAUGGAUGGCUUGGUGACGGUCUAUAAGUGGUGUGGUGUCAAAUGUGUGUAUAGUUUGAUCGGCACAAAAAUGCA